AUGAUGGAAGAUUCGACUACUACUUCGCAGACUGAUACAGUCAGCCUUGAGAAAGGCUUGAGGUCGCCGGUUGCACAAAGUCAAGAGCUUCCCAGUCAAGACAGCAGCGGCCCUCCAAAGGAUGCUAUACCCAACUUUCCAGAGGGCGGGUUCAAGGCGUGGUUGACGGUCUCGGGGGCUGCAGCAGCACUUUUCGUUUCGUUUGGAUGGGUCAACUGCAUCGCCUUGUUCCAGGCAAACUAUGAGAUAAAUCAGCUGAAGGGAUAUCCCAGAUCUACCAUCUCCUGGAUCACUUCGAUGGAAUUCUUCUUCAUGAUGUUCAUGUCUCCGGUUGCAGGAAGACUGUUUGACAGAUACGGACCGCGUGUGCCACUGCUCAUCGGAACUGUAUUACACGUUUUUGGCCUUAUGAUGGCAAGCAUCUCAACGAAAUAUUAUCAGUUCGUGCUUAGCCAGUCUGUCUGCUCAGGAAUAGGAGCCUCGUUUAUCUUCAACCCUGCAAUGGCAGCACCUCAAACAUAUUUCCGCGAGAAGCGGGGCUUAAUUGCCGGCCUCACCGUCGCCGGAUCAUCGCUGGGCGGAGUUAUCUUCCCGCUCAUGGUUCAACAUCUCCUCCCGUCAUUGGGGUUCGGCUGGACGAUGCGAACCUGUGCCUUUUUGAUACUUGGUAUGCUCGUCUAUGCUGAUUUGACGAUCACGUCAAACCUCAGCCACGGCCCACGUCCUUUCAAGCUCAUGGACUAUUUCCGCCCUCUAAAUGAGCUGAAUUUCUCCCUCAUGUGGUUUUCCAUGUUCUUCUUAUUUUGCAGCUUCAUCGGUCGCACUGUGCCCAACUAUCUUGGCGAUCGCGUUGGCCGGUUUAAUGUCAUGAUAGUCAUGACACUGUUUUCGACAAUACUUGUAUUGGCACUGUGGCUUCCAGGCAGGAGUACGGGGGCCAUCUUUGCAUUCGCCGCUUUAUUCGGCAUCAGCUCUGGAGCCGGGAUCGGACUUGGACUCCCACUAAUUGCACACGUAUCCCCCAUGAAGGAGUUUGGCUUUCGAAUGGGGAUGGUCGUGUCUAUUGCCUCUAUUGCAAUGCUAACCAGCCCUCCAAUCGGCGGAGCAAUCGUGGCUCGAGACGGCGGCAGUUUCACGUAUCCAUGUGUAUUUUCCGGGGUGAACUUCCUGAUAUCAGUAGCUGGCUACACAGCACUGCGGAUUCGGUUGGGAGGAUGGAAAAUCGCAGCCAAAAUAUGA